AGAUGAGCUUCCUAGAGCAAGAAGACAGCGCCUCCUGGUUAUCACCUACCAUGACUACCAGCUCAGAAAGAAUCUGUGGCAAGAGGGGAGCCAAAGCAUUGAGAUGGAUGAGGCAGGAGGCUGUGGAAGAAGGGGAGCCACCAGGUUUGGGGGAAGGUGCCCAGUGCAGGCCAGCUGCUGAGUCCACCAGGCUGGAAGCCACGUUCCCUAAGACCACACCCUUGGCCCAUGCUGCUCCCUUGGCGGAGCUGGAGACCCCACCCACAGGAUGGGACCUCCUUCUGCCUGACUCUGCAGUCUCUGCUACAGGUUCCAGUUCCGGGGAUGUGGAGCUGGACAUAGAGUUCCCAGCCACAGAAGCCUGGGACUAUGAGCUGGAAAACCUGGGGGAGGACAGGCCUGCCCCAUGCCCAUCCCCACAGGCUCCACUUCUCAGCCUGGGCUGGGAUGAUGAGCUGCAGAAGCCUGGGGCCCAGGUCUACAUGCACUUCAUGCAGGAGCACACCUGCUAUGAUGCCAUGGCCACCAGCUCCAAGCUGGUCAUCUUUGACACCACACUGGAGAUCAAGAAGGCCUUCUUUGCUCUGGUGGCCAAUGGUGUGCGGGCUGCCCCUCUGUGGGACAGCAAGAAGCAGAGCUUUGUGGGGAUGCUCACCAUCACAGACUUCAUCUUGGUGUUGCACCGCUACUACAGAUCCCCCCUGGUCCAGAUCUAUGAGAUUGAAGAACAUAAGAUUGAGACCUGGAGGGAGAUCUAUCUCCAAGGCUGCUUCAAGCCCCUGGUCUCCAUCUCUCCCAAUGACAGCCUGUUUGAAGCUGUCUAUGCCCUCAUCAAGAAUCGAAUCCACCGCCUGCCCGUCCUGGAUCCUGUCUCAGGCACCGUGCUUUAUAUCCUCACACACAAGCGACUGCUCAAGUUCCUGCACAUCUUUGGCGCCCUGCUGCCUAGGCCCUCCUUCCUCUGCCGCACCAUUCAAGAUCUGGGCAUCGGCACAUUCCGAAAUUUGGCUAUGGUUCUGGAGACGGCGCCUGUCCUGACUGCACUGGAUAUCUUUGUAGACCGCCGCGUGUCUGCGUUACCAGUGGUCAAUGAAUCUGGUCAGGUGGUGGGCCUCUACUCCCGCUUUGAUGUGAUUCACCUGGCUGCCCAGCAAACCUACAACCAUCUAGACAUGAGUGUGGGAGAAGCACUACGGCAGAGGACACUGUGUCUGGAGGGGGUCCUCUCCUGCCAGCCCCAUGAGAGCCUGGGGGACGUCAUCGACAGGAUUGCCCGAGAGCAGGUACAUCGGCUGGUGCUAGUGGACGAGACCCAGCAUCUCCUAGGUGUGAUCUCCCUCUCCGACAUUCUUCAGGCGCUGGUGCUUAGCCCCGCUGGCAUCGACGCCCUCAGUGCCUGAAAACUCCCAGGCCACCUUCCACAUCCAGAACCCAAUGAAGGGA